AUGGAAACAUCAAUGGAAUCUGUGGGAAAAACCAAGAAUCUUCAAGAAUGUUUGCAAAUCUGCGAGAAAAAUGUCAGUUGCCACGUGGCAUUUCGAAACUCCACAACGAAAAUCUGUCAACUCGCCGAAUUCGGAUAUGUGACUUUGCUGAGAAAAUCGAAUAUUUUUGCGGGUGCCGAAAUUGGUGUGAAAAUUAAUUUGGAGAAGGAAAAUUGCGGGCGACAUUCGAAAUCGGAAAUUUUGCAAGGUUUUCGAAUGGAACCGCCGAAUAGUUUGGUUGGAAAUGCGACGAGAUAUUGGCAAAUUAUGCAGAAAUCGGGAGGAGGAAUUAGGUUUAUGAUCAAUUAUCCAAGUGAGGAUUUAGGGCUAGGCAUUUGAAUUCACAUGUGGAUUUUUGGGCUUAAUCCUGUACUGCAACAUUUUUUUCAUUUUUGAAAAAAUUUCAAUGAAUUUAAAAAUUAAUUUUUUCCUUUCGUAUUUCGUAACCAAUAAUCAAAAUUUUCAAAUCUUUCAAUAAUUUACCUUCAAUUUUUGAAGUUUUUUUCCUUAAAAGCUGGUUUUGACAUAUUUUUUAAAAAAGUAUUCUAUAGGAAAAAAUAGUUCCAAAAAAUAUGAAAGAUUUUUAAAACAGCAAAAUAAAAAUUAUUUUUGCAUAGAAAAAUUAUUUUAUGUAGAACAUUUUCAGAUGCUCUCAAAUUUUCAUAUAAAAUUUUUGAAACAGUGAACUUCUUUUUUUGCAGAACAACUAUCGCACGGUGAUUGUUGGGGUGAUUGGUACGAGGAAAUCAUCACGCCAUUCUGCUACAAUUAUUUCUUCGCACCAAACUACACUCUAGUCUCAGCACGUGAGAAAUGCGCGAUUUUCGACGGUAAUUUGUAUGGUUUCAAUUGGCUGGAAGAUAAUGUAUUUUUUGCGGCGCGAAAUAUGAUGGCAAGAAAUAUUGAAAAAGGAAGAAUAUUAUUAGGAGCCAGAAGGAAAUAUGAAUGUUAUAUGAGCAAUAAAACGGCUGAUAAUUGUGAUGGAACUAAUGCUUUUGAAUGGAUUGAUCCAUUGACUACAAGAAAAAAUAUGAAAUUUGAAGUGGAUAAUAUUAACAAGUUGGUUUUCUAGGGGCAAAAACAUGUUUUUGGUCCCCCCUUCUCCUAAAAUCCCCAUUUUACAGAGAAUGCUACGCUUUGGAAAUUCCGAAUUCCUCAAAACCUUUGGAAUAUAAAUUCGUCAAUGUCUUGUGAGUUUUUUCCAAAAAUCCAAUUUUUCAAAUAAUUAAUUUCAGUUGCGAUGGAAAAGAUGAGAAUAUUGUUGGAAUUUCUUGUUCAACUCCACUUAUUCGAAAUUUGAACGCAUUUUAUUGA